AUGGUGACACCAAGACCGAGAGGGGCCGGCGACGAGAUACUCUCCUCGCCAGAUCCGCUCAACGACACCGUCUCCUCGGCGCUCUACCCUUCGUCCCGUCGCGUCACUCGAAGCCAAAGGUCGCAGCGGUUGUUCUCCAUCGGUGGACGCGGCACUUCGCCUAGAAAGCAAAUGUUCGAGCUCGAGGUUGGAGAUGAUAGCGCGCCCAAACGGUUGUUAGUGACCGUUGAGGCUGAGGGCGAAUACGAAAACGUUGGGCGUAGACUCUUCAACGCCGACACACCCACCCUGAGCCGCGGCGCGUAUACAACCACCGUUCCGCUGGCUGGCGACAAGAAGAACACAGCCGUCAAGACGCCCGCGCGGCGGGGUCGGCCUCCCAAAUCCGGCACACCAAAGACCGGCACAGCGACCAAGAGGAGAGCUACCUCUUCUCCGAAAAAGACACCAAGACAGACUCGAAGGGUCAAGACUAUUGUUGACUCCGAUGGCAUCGAGGCCGAUAUCACCAUCCAGGGAACACCGAAACCCACUACGCGCACCAAACGUACGACCAGUCGCCAGCCGCGAGGGGCUUCUGAAGAUCCUGCUCCUUCGUCCAGACCCAGUACAACCCGGAGACGCGGCCGACCCAAACGCGUUGAGUUCUCCGACCAGCCGGUGGAAACGGUGGACGAGGUGGCGGACUUUGGUGGGGUGGCGCCUUCAGGCGACGCGCUCGCUGCGGUGAUGGAGGACAUGGCCGUGGACGAUCCUACACCAAGGCGAGAGCAUCCUGCUGUUUCGAUUCCCGAAUCUGAACCCGAUAUCUGGAUGCAAACAAUGUCAGACCAAGCAACACCUCGUGCAGCGACACAAGACAACCCCAUCACCCUUAGUCCGACACCCGCUUACCUGCAAGACAAGAGCCCUACGCCAUCAGAACAGCUUCAUUCCGAGUCCGGAAAUGAGCCCGAAUAUAAUGACUAUGACUUUGGGCCGGGCCCGGCGAGCGACAUCUCGUCGCUAAUCGGAGAGAACGAUGCGGAUAAGGAGCUACGCGAUCAAGAUACGGUUGCACAAGGAGAGGAUUUCAGCAUGAUAUUUGCGAAUUCUAUCCCUUCUAUGAGAGGACAUACAAGCAUGCUUGCCCCUGGCUCGGAGGUUGGUGAAGAAACGGGCAUGAUUGUCAACCAGACACUGGAGUCUUUGAGGCAAAGUGGUGCCUUGCGCGUGGACGACGACGACGAAGAUGAUGAAGAAGUCGUUGGCCUUUCUACUACGCAAGAGGCUCCGGUACACAAUCUUUCAGCCCAUGAGGAGAUUCAGCCCUCGAAGGAGGCUGAACCGCAUAUGGAUUCCGUAAUGGACCUCAACGCCGAGGUCAACGAAUCUCCUGUCACCCUCCCUUCUCUCCCUCGCCCUGACCUUCCACCUCCGUCUUCCACAUCUAAGGAUAAAUCUCCAACUAGAAGCAUCCAAUCGCCGGGUCGGGCUAGAAGCAGCCCCCGUCGCAAGUCUAUCCCGCUGGGCCGAAAGCUCUUCGAAAACAAGGCGAGACAAAUAGAGUUGGGGACCUCAAGGUUAGAAACUUCGCAUAUGGAAACUUCUCAAAUGGAGACCUCACGGAUGGAUGCCUCUUUUUCCAGUGUGCCAUCCCAAAUUUUGGCUGCUGCCACGCCUGGUACUAAGGCCUCCAGGCGCAGCUCGAUGGCAAACGAGGAGGCAUCCGUGGCAUACGAAGAUGAAUUUUCUGAAAUUCCAGAUGCCUAUCUCGAGGCGGCGACUCCAGGCAAAUUGAAUCUGCCUCAAAUCAACGAGGAUGAGGGAGAGACCAUGAACGUUACCGACGAGAAUAUCCAGGAAGAGACGGACAAGGGCUCCGAGGACGGUAACGAAGAACCUCACGCCGACCGGGCAGAAGUGGAAGAUGAAGAAGAGGCGGCAGAAGAAGCUCGUAAGAGUUCACCCAAGUCCGCAGCUCCAUCUAAUGCGAGUGUUUCUUACACUCGGUCAGAUUCAGCACGAAUGCCGACUCCAGACGACACACCGUCGCCUAACGAUGUUCCUGUUCCUCAAUCAGAUGCCAAAACGAUCGAAGCACCUCAAAGUUCGCCACCCGCUGAAUAUUCUCAACACGAUGAGAUGAGCUCCGACCCUCCUGUUCCAGAGCUCACGACCAACACUCCUGCUGCUACUAGCGAGUACAUCACCCCGGUGGCGCCUGUCUCAUCCCCUGUGCCCUCACCGGAUGUCAAUCUCUUAGCGCCUCGGCCGGCAUCUCCAGACAACGGGGUUCGCCCCGGGCUAUCUCCUAUCGUGAGGGCCGGAAGAGCUUUGCAAAGUGUCACGUCGGAUGCCUCGUCACCUCCUCGUCAGAACUCUCUCGGUAGCCCCUUCAGACCUACCACAAGUAGUAGCCAGCCUCAGUCUGCCGCCAAGUCGAUUCGUAGCUGGACCCAACCCUUGUCUACCCUGAUCCAGGCCGGGGCUCAGUUCUUCGGGUCGCCCACUCGCGCCUCGGCUCCGCCUCCGCCGCCGCCUUCUGUGCCGCAAUCGACCGGCGCGCCUUAUGAGGAUCCCUUUGGUCACGAGGAUGAUCACACCGGCCAGCCAAGCUUCAUGGAAGCCUUGGCCAAGAGCAUGAUUGUGCCUCGUACCGAGGAGCAAGGUGAAGCAUCGGUGUCCAUGUCUGGAUCUCUUCAAGUUGCCCCAGCCGAUGAAGCCGAUGAGAUGAGCUGGAUGGAGGAGGCGCCGGCUCCACGUGAGCAGCCUUUCACCCAAUCGCGUUCCAUGCAGAGCAGCACGAACGCUGCUGGUGCGUCGCGAACCAGCCGGCGGCCCAGCUUUGAGGGUCUCAGUCUCACUUUCGAUGGCGCUGAUGAAACGGAGGUCGAAGAAGAACAGGCUGGAGAAAAUGAGGAUGAUGAUAUCUGGGCAAUUGAGGCAUCGCGUCCUGCUUCUAGUUCAAGCCGUCAACAGUCAUUCGGCAAGCGAUCCAUUGCGCCUGUUCCCCCGCGGCGCGUGGCUCUCCCUAGUCCGUGGCAGAGACGGGCUGAAUUGCCAGAGAAGAACACCCUGUUCACUCCAGCGGCGUCUCAUUACCACAAGCCCGGCUUCAACGAGGGUGAGGAAGAGGAUUUUUCUAUGCUUUCCCAGCAGCGGAGCCAGAAGCAGCUUCCCCGAAAGCCCUUCGGAGUUGCUCAAAUGUCGUCGGCGAAGAAGGAUCUCUCCGCGUUCUUUUCGUCUCCUGCUCUUCUUCCAGGAGCGGAGGGUGUCAAAGAGAUCAUGGAUAAGAAACGACAGAACGCAUUGUCAUCCAAGAAUAUGACGCGUCCUCCCGAGCAGUUCAACGCGGGCAUCGAGACGAACUCCAUGUUCCCUUCUGUCCCACAGAAGGAAUUCGCUCCUUCCGUCAGCGGUCGUUCGGAUCUCUUCUCACCUGCGAAGCCUUCUGCAACGAAGUCGACCAAUGAUACACGUCGGGAAUUGUUCUCUUCGACCAGGUCUCGUACCAACAUGAGACAGCCGUCAGAAAUACCUGACUCUCAGAUGAACAUGUCAUCCGAGGUCUCCUUCACCUCUGUACCGCAGAAGAACUUUGUACCCAAGUCAGGACAGAAAACGCAGGACUUGUUUGGCAAGGCGGCGGCCCCGGUGCCCUCGUUGACUCCGGUGCGCAUGCAGCUCACCCGUGCGGACAUCCAAAAAUGGCAAGAGAGUAGUGCUUCUGCCAUCGCGGAAGAUUCGCCUGAAUCUGAGCGUCAUAUCCUCCGGCCCUUACCAGACAGGAAUAUGUCGCCCACGAAGUCCUGUCUGCGCUCUCCUCUGAAACCGCGCACGCCGGGAAGAGUCGUUGAGUUCACUAGCAGCGUCCUCUCGCCUCUGGCCCAGCUACAAGCCCGCGCCGGUCGCCGCCUAUCCUCCAAUUCCAACAGUAGCGCAGACGCCGCUCAGCAGCAACAGCAGCAGCAGCAGCAGCAGCAGCAGCAGCAGCAACGCAUCAACGCCAUCAUGGAAGAAGAGGACAAGGAAAACGACACCGCCAUGGGCGAAGCCAGUGACGCGCAGCACGAGGAAAUCGACGUCUCCAUGAUGGACGCACCUGACGCGGGCAUCUCGCUUGAGCCCGCGGCCGGAGAGGAGCCGCGCCUCUCGCAGACCAUGUGGUCGCGUGAUCACUGGCUGCUGCUGGAUGACAUCAUUCAGCUUCGCCGUCUCGGCCCGUUCGACUUCCAGUUCCCGGACGAGUUCCAGAGCAAGUCAGGGUGGCUGCUCGGCCGCUCUAUCAACUCACACGGCAUCAGCCUGGUUAUGGAGCAGUGGCACCUCGACGUCGUUGACGCCUUCAAGGCUGAGGUAGGCGGAUGGGAGGAGGAAGUGCUCGCCAAGAGGGUGUUUUCGUUGAUCGUUGGGGAGCAGCUCCGUAAGGAGGGCAAGGCCCCCAAGGCGCCCUCUGUCAAGUUUGCAUAG